AUGGCAGUCAGAGCGCUCGUCCUCUUGUGCGUCCUCCUCCUCGUGUCGACGUCUGCCUUGGCGCAGCGUGGUCCGCCUGGCGGAGGUCCUCCUGGCGGUCAGCGCGGAGGCCCUGGCGCCGGUUCCGCCGGUUCCGCUGGUUCUGGCGGUCCCGGAGGUCCCAACGGUCCCAGAGGGCCUGGCGGGCCCGGCGGACCACACGGGCCUUCGCUAAAUCUGACGGCCGUCGGGAAUUUGACGGCCAAUGUCGGCGCGCGGCUCGCCAACUGCACCGCGGAUCAGACGAUCCUCGACGGCCGAUUCCACCUCGCCGUCUUCAAGAACGCCACCGGCAAUUACAAUCUGCUCGUCGAGGCGCUCCUGGUGGACGCGGCGAGCAGUCCGCCCGACUUGCUCACGAUCAUGAAGGGCGCCGUGUGCGACGCCGCCGCGACGGCCGUCCUCGCGCUGCCACUCGCCGCGGCGGACUGGCAGCAGCGCGCGGGGUGGUGGCUGCUGCACGCGGAGGCGCGCCUCGACGCGUUGGUGGAGAACGCGGACGCCGCCACCCUCGACGCGCUGCUCGCCGCGCUCCCCUCCGCCUCGCCUCCGCCCACCAGCGGCGGCGGGCGCAAUGGCGCAGGCAACGCUGGCGGAGGCAGCGCGGGGGGCGCGCGGAACGGGCAGGGCGGGAGGCGCAUGGGGCGGGAGCUGCUGAUGCGCGCAUUCGGCCGCGCUGCCAGGCAGGGGGGGCAGAAGCAGGGGGGACAGAAGCAGCGGGGGCAGCAGCAGCAGCAGGGGGGAGCGCAGCAGCCGCCUGCAGGUGGUUUCUCAGGUGGCUUUCCAGGUGGCGAUGGCGGAGUGAACAGCACGGUGAGCGGGUAUGCUGUGCUGGCUGGCAACACCGCAGCAGGUGUGACGUGGGGCGGGCAGCUCAUGGGCGGCAAGAUGCCCGCUGCUGCUGUUUGA